AUGCUAAGCCUGGUACUCAUUGGUAGUAAUCAUUCUCAUUAUAAACCUCAACGUGUUGAUGGAUUUUACGGCUACAUUAUCAUUAAGGAUGCUGAUAAAAGUUAUGUAGAUUUAGCAGAUGAUGAUGAGAAUGCUGAGGAUCCAUGCCCAUAUUGUGUACUCAUAUCAGACUGGUACCAUGCUUGGGCAAAUACAUUACUGAAUGCAUAUCAUUACUGUAAUGAUUCACCUAAAACAACUGUAGAGCCUGUUCCUCACUCCAUAGUUAUUAAUGGAAAGGGUGCAGGAAAUUGUAUGGGUGCUACACCAGUAAAUAGUGUUGUAGCACCUGAUGUUGAAGGAAUGCGCGUCAAGGACCAAUAUAAGAAUCACACCCUUUUACCUCUUAGUGUCGGACAAAGAUAUUCUGUGAUAGCUAGCACUGAUGAUAAUGAAACAAGCGAUUUUUGGAUGCGUAUUCAAACUAGUCUAUCUUGUAUUCGAAGUACUACGCCUUGUGAUGAAAAGAAAAUGCUAGUCAAAGAGAUUAGAGCAAUUGUUCAUUACGGCGAUGAAUCUGUUGAUGUACCCAAAACUGAACCAUACGUAAACGUAAAUAAUGACACAGAACUUAAAGAUAAAUUACCUUGUAUUGAUUUUGAGUAUGGUUUGUUGUCACCAGCAGAUGGAUCAAGUGCAGAAGAAAGCGAAGACAAACUAGCUUUACCUUUUGGAAUUUAUAUGACUACAAUUAACUCUACAAAGAACUAUAUAUAUACAACAUAUGGUUCAAUAGCUUUAACAUCGGAUUCAGAUCUAUUCAAAGAGUACGGUUCUCAAAUUUAUGAUCCAGAACUUAAUGUUAUAGUUUUAAAUAAUUAUGGACAGCUUAUUGAUGUUAUAAUUACCAUUGGAAUGAUGGCUCAAUUUGUUGAACUUCCACUUGAACUUCCCAACUUGGAGCCAUCAGAUGAAACUAUAUUUAUCGACAAAAUUGGCCAAACUGUAACCUUAACACCGUGGAGAGAUUUGUGUCAAGAACCGGAAUAUACAAACCCAACGGGGGAUGAGGAUUGGAAACAAUAUUGCAAUAGUUUCAUUUCCAAUGUUAAAACUACUCCAUUUUAUAAACUUUCAUUUUUAGUUAUUAUAG